CCUCUCCCUCCUCUCUCCGAGACUGCUGCCCCACGAGCGAUGGGCCAGCCGGGCGCGCGGCCGGCAUGCAGCCUCGCGCCGCACGCGGGGGUCGCUGCGCUUUGGGAGGGCGCGGCCCUUGUCAGCAAGAGGAUCAUACUGCUGGACAGCGACGAGGACUGCGAGGGCCCCUCCGCGCGGGCGGCGGAGCUGGCGGCGUCGCCGCGGCCAGGACCGCACCGGCCGCCCGCGACAGAGUCGCGGACUGGGACUGGCGCUGGCGCCGCAGACUGCCCGCGGCGGCGAGGUGCUUCGCGGCAGCAAAUCCACUGUCGCGCGCCGCGCGAUCGCGCGGAAGCGAGGCCGCGGCGUGGCGACGACCUGACCUUGGCCGAGCUCGCCAACGCCGCUGCCCAGCCUGCAGCGCGCAAGCGGCCGCGCGAGGCCGCUCGCGAGCGGGAACCUCCGCUGGCAGCGCCGCACAGGGGCGGCGCUGGCGACCAGCGCCCAGGCCCCUCGGCGCUGGAGCACCGCGCGGAGGUGCAGACGCUGCUGGCGGCGGCGUUGGGCGGCGACGCGCGCGCCCGGGCGCUGGCCCGUGACGCCGAGGAGGCGCUCUUCCAGCGGCUCCCGGAGGCGCAGCGGUACGCGCGCCAGGCGCGGGCGGUGCUCUUCAACCUGCGCAGCGACCCGCGCGGCGGCCUGCGCGAGGGGCUCCGUGGAGGCAGCGUGCAGGCUGCGAGCUUGGCUGCCAUGACGUCGGAAGACAUGUCGAGCGGCGCGAAGCUGGCGGAGCGAGCGCGGUUGAGGCGGGAGGCGCUCGAGGCCACCACGCUGAAACAGGACCAGCAGCUGUCCACGAGCGACUUCACUUGCGAGAAGUGCUCGGGCACGGCGGCCACGUACUCCCAGAGCAUGGCCACCGAGAGCUGCAUCAGGAGCGGGGGCGAGCCCGUCAUGACCGCAGUGACGUUCGUCACGUGCUCCACGUGCGGCUUCCAGUGGACGGAGCGGAGCGGCUUCGCCUGAGGGAGACUGUCGGCCUGGGCCCUGCCGCGCCGCGCAGACGCGGCUCCCGAUCGCGCUCCGCGGAGGGGCGGCCCCAGGGCGCCGAUCGGGCCGGACGAGCAGGUCGCCAUGGAGGCCACGCCGUGCGCCCGCAUCGCCACGGGCCGCGGCGCCCUGCCGCCAGCCGUCGCCCCCACGGUGCCCCGCGGCCGUCCGCGGGAGCCUCCGCGGGAGCCGUGCCGGUUGCCGU